GGUGGAAGGGCCUCCGCUCCGGGCAAAUGGGGGCUUCUUGGGAGCCCCUCUCGGAGCCUCCCACGUGACUACAGCUCCCAGCAUCCCUCAGAAGGACCUUUGGGGGAACCUGGGAGCUGCCUCUCUUGCUGGAGGGGGAUCCUGGGAGUUGCAGUCCCUCCCAAAGUUAGCCCCGGCUUUAGUCCCUUCUCUCGCUGCCGCCUGGGAUUGUUCGUUCCCUGCCUCCCCCAAAAGGGCGCCCCGUCAGCACAAGGAGGAAGAGAGGAGGCAGAAGAUCCAGGGGGGAUGUGGAGAACGUAGUUGAGACAGCAACAGUGAAGCGCCCCCUUGUCUCCGGCGCCAUGGACUCCCGGGCCCUCUUCCAAACGCUGCACAUGCUGGCGGAGGAUAACGCAGCCUUCUUCCGGGACAGUACCUCCGAGACGGGCCAGCGCUUCCUGGCAGCCUUCACUACCAUCCGGGAGCACGCCCGGUGCCUGGAGCCCAUCCUGGGCCACUUUGCCACCAUCAACCACCUCUUUGACCUGGACGAGCAGACGCCGGCCAAUGGCUACCGCAGCCUGGCCCAGACCGUCCGCUGCUGCUUGGCCCACAUCAUCCACAAGAGCCGCUAUGUGGCCGCCAACCGCCGCAGCAUCUUCUUCCGCACCAACCACAACUGCGUCGAGCUGGAGGCCUAUUGCACUGCCUUGACCCAGCUCCGGGCCUUGGUCUACCUGGCCCAGCGCCUCCUUACUCAUAACCGCCCGGGAUACCUCUUCAACCACGAGGAACGGGGCCUCUCGGAGCAGUUCCUGCGGGAGUACAUCACCAUGCAGAAGGGAUGCUUCUACGGACGCUGCAUGGGCUUCCAGUUUGCUCCCUCAAUCCGGCCCUUCUUGCAGACCAUCGCCAUCAGCCUCGUCUCCUUUGGGGAAAAUUACAAGCGUCACGUUUCCGGCAUUGGUGUGGCAGCCAGCUCGCUUUUCACCAGCGGGAAGUUUGCAAUCGAUCCUGAGCUGCGCGGAAUGGAGUUUGAGCGCAUCACUCAGAACCUGGAUGUCCAUUUCUGGAAAAGCUUCUGGAAUCUCACCGAAAUGGAGUUGCUGGCGUCUCUGGCCAGCAUGGCCUCUUCCCAGGUCCGGCUCUCCAGGGCACUUUUGGUGCCCCCUCAUUCCUUCGACCUGCCUCUGGUCGCUGACCCCAAGCUGACGGUCACCAUCACACCCCCAGUGGCCCACACUGGGCCAGGACCGGUCCAGAUGAGGCUCAUCUCCCAUGAGCUGCGUGAAGGACAGGACAGUGAGGAGCUGAUGAACCUGAUGCGUCCGGAGGGCACCCUGGCCCUGGAGCUGCUCUGGAAGGCCAAGCCCUUGCCACGCUCGCCUUACCUGGUGGUGCAUUUCCAUGGAGGCGGCUUUGUGGCCCAGACUUCCAAGUCGCAUGAGCCCUACCUGAAGUCCUGGGCCCAAGAGCUGGGGGCCCCCAUCCUCUCCAUUGACUACUCGCUGGCCCCCGAAGCCCCCUUCCCCAGGGCCCUGGAGGAGUGCUUCUAUGCCUACUGCUGGGCCCUCAAGAACUGCCACCUGCUGGGCUCCACUGCCCAGAAGGUGUGCCUUGCAGGAGACAGCGCCGGCGGGAACCUGUGCAUCACUGUCUCCAUGCGAGCGGCGGCCUUCGGGAUCAAGAUGCCAGAUGGGAUCAUGGCAGCCUACCCAGCCACCCUUAUGCAGGCCUCGGCUUCGCCCUCCCGCCUCCUCACCCUCCUUGACCCACUCCUGCCUCUCAGCGUCUUGGUCAAGUGCCUCAGUGCCUAUGCCGGGAUGGAGCCAGAACCACCAGAGGACCCCACUGUGGAGAAACUGGGCCCCAUAAACAUGAUGUACCGAGACACAGCCCUGCUCUUCCGAAAUCUGCGCCUCAGUGCCUCAUCCCUGUUCGGCUCGGUGGUGGAGAAUGUGGGCAAGGUCAACGGAUCUGGCGGAGGCACUGAAUCCAUGAGGAAGAGCAUCUCAGAAGUGGGCCUCAAGUCCAAGUUGCAUGGCAGUUUCAAUGAGUCCCGCAAGAGCCAGACCUGCCAGGACCUGUCCUGUUCCUCCGACGCCCCUCCAGACCCGGCACACGACCCUGUCCAAAAACACCAACCCGGCUUCUUCCUGAAUGACGGUCAGCAAGAAACAGCAACCAGCAGCACCCACAAUGGACUGACCUUUCCUGAUGGUUUCCAGCCCAUCCGCUCGGCCCAGCCAGCCACCUCCCUCCCCCUGGAGCUCUCACCCAUCGUCAGGAACCCCUUCAUGUCUCCCCUCCUGGCCCCAGAUGCGAUGCUGAGGGGGCUUCCCCCCGUACACAUCGUGGCUUGUGCCCUUGACCCCAUGCUGGAUGACUCCGUGAUGUUUGCCCGGCGCCUGCGGGCAAUCGGACAGCCCGUCACCUUGCGAGUGGUGCAGGAUCUGCCCCACGGCUUCCUCAGCCUCUCCCAGCUCUGCCGUGAGACGCGCCAGGCUACCUCCAUCUGCACAGAACUCAUCCGUGAAAUCCUGGCGCCCCCAGAUCAGGACUCUCCACCGCCCGCCGCUCCCACGACCUCAUCCUCCCAUCGCAAGCAUCGCAAACUGGAACGUACCCUUCACACCGGACCCUCAACCAGUCAGUCCACCCACCACCACUCCGUCCCGGAGGACACAACAGGGACUGGGCAGGAGAGGUCUGUCGGUGCUGCUUCUACAGAGAGCGGCAUCCCAUCUGGACCCGGGGUCAAGAUGUCCACCAGCAGCCAGCAUCUCCGCCGUGGGAGCGGUUCCUCGGGAGGCCCUCCAGGCAAGAGCAAAGAGAUGCCCACCCCACCGCCUGGUCCUGCCCUGGCUGUCACCCCUGGACAGGACUCCAGCCCCACAAGUGGCACAGUAGGCCGGGGGGUAGGGGCCUAAGGAGCCCCCCACUCCAAAUGCUUCACUAGAACAACUGGGUUUGAGACUGUGCGUGUGUCUUUCUGUCUGUCUCUGUGAAUGGCGUGGCUUCCGUUUGAGGUGGAAAUCCCUCUUGGUGCUUCCCGUCCUCCUCCAUUUUGGCAAUGCCCAAGCACAAUGGCAUUCCUCCUGCCAACAUCGGCCGGGGGAGCGUGGAGGGGGUGGGUUGGACCCCACUUGCUAUCUGGGGGGAGGCUUUUGUCCCAGAUUCCCCAUCUCUCGAAAUCCUGUUUUUACUCUCUCUUAAAAACAUUGCAGAGAACUCUGCAGCCGGUGGUACCUCCUCAUGGUCUCGGGGUUGGUGCGCCGGCCACGUUAACGCUCCAGCGGUCCUGAUCCUUUCCUUACAUUCCCCCACCCCACCCCCCCAUAAAACACUCCAGUGUUACCUGGAUGAGGAGGGGCUGAGUUGGGUGCCUGAUUCAGUUCACUCCUUGGCACAGAAAGCACAAAAACUCACCCACCUUUUGGGGGUUUUAAUUUCCAAGGGGGGCAGAGAGAGGUCCUCCCAUCACCGCUCAAGCCCACCCUGAAAAGCACUAUGCAUCCUUCCCCACAUUUGCACAAUAAAGGGUCAGCAGCCACUGCCCUCCUGGACGGGGGUCCCUGACCACCCCUUUCCGGUCUCCGCCUUCCUUUGAGGUGCAUGCUCACUUUGCACUGUGACCUCCCCCCCCAGAAUGAUCUGCCCCUGACACCUGCCCACCCCGACCCAACCCAAAACCCUCCUCUCUUUUGCCUUUUAUUGCUGCUGCUAUGAACCAAAUUUGGGGCCAGGGAGCAGAGCAGGCCAUGGAUGCUCCUCUGCUCCUGGGAAGGGCUGCGCAGCGUUCCCUCUCUGCCUUUCUCUUGGGGGGGAGGGAGCAAAGCAGAGGAGGGGAAUACAUUUAUUUUUGUAAAUAAAAAACAAGCCAGUUUGAUUUCGAAUGAAGGGCUCUCUCUUUCUCUCUGAGGUCCUUAAUGAAGGGUGCGAUUUAAGCAGUCUUGGAAGGGAUGCAUGGUGGAUGCAAACCCUGCGAGUUCCAGAGCGGAGCGUGUAAUUGCUCUGCAGCCAUCCUCCAUUAAAUUCCCAUGCAGGGGAAAGGAGGCAACCCCGCAGCCAUCCAGGGCCAGGCACUUGCAUCUGGCAACCC